GGUGCACACAAGAUAUGCUGCAAGGUCGCAGUUGACAAUUGCUCUCAUGCGGCGCGCGCGAACGCAGAGCCAUCUCUCUGUGGCACCCGACUGCCGCGGCACCCGCAGGUCGACAGAGACGAAGACAACUUGUCCCAUUUGCCUCGACGACCUCGCGGCACAGUCGGUCUUCACCGCCGAGUGCGGCCAUGCCUUUCACUUUGGCUGCCUCCUCGAAAACAUCAACCACGACCAAGCGAACGCGACCAAGUGCCCCAUCUGCCGCAAAGUGCAAGUGCAGUGGCCGACACCGACCCGCGGGCGCGCGAAUGCCCACCCGUUCUGCACACACUGCGGCACCCGUAGCGUCGGUGAUCCGUGGUGCCACAGCUGCGGGUACUCGCUCGCCGACACGCCCCGCGCGCGGGCGCGAAGCCAGCCAUUCGAGCCGGACGACGUCGCGCUGCAGUGCUAUGUGUGCCACGUUCAGUUUCUAGUGAGCACGCGCGCACGAGGUCGCGUAGAGUGCCCGAACGGACACGUCUUUGCCCUUGUGGCGCCUGUCUCGAGCAACAAUAGCUCAGCGAGGAGUCGCGCCACGUCCGCCGCCACCGUGCACUGUACCAUGUGCCGCACCGACGUCAAGAUUCCACCUGGUAGUCCAGCGGGGCAGUACGUUUGUCCCCGCCAGCACGCCUUUUACUACAAGCCACGCGGCCGCGAGUAGCGCUAAUACAUGUGGAGCGAGCUGCUCGAGCGAUACCUAGUAAGUACACCACUGCACAUAUAGAUAGAAUAGGUGUCUCGCG